GGGGGGGAAAGCCCUACUUCCCAGGAACAUUAGGAGUUCCCUGGUGUCUGCAGAUUCUUGAGUCCUAGGAAGUCGCCCUCCCCCAACAGAAUUCAGAGACCUGACAAUGUCCCUGUAUUGUGGAAUUGCUUGCAGGAAAAAAUCUUUUUGGUGUUAUAGGCUGCUGUCAACUUAUGUCACUAAGACCCGGUAUUUAUUUGAACUGAAAGAAGAUGAUGAUGCAUGUAAAAAAGCCCAGCAGACAGGAGCAUUUUACCUCUUUCAUAGUCUGGCUCCUUUGCUUCAGAAAUCAGAACAACGGUACCAGGCCCCCCAGUAUAGCCUACUAGAGUUGGAAAGGCUCCUGGCUAAGUUUGGACAGGACACACAAAGAAUAGAAGACUCGGUACUGAUUGGAUGCUCCAAACAGCAUGAAGCAUGGUUUGCUCUGGAUCUAGGUCUAAAUAGCUCCUCUUCCCUAAAUGCUUCCUUACAGAAAGCAGAAAUGGAGAUAGAACUCAAGGGCUCUUUCACUGAUCUGAGGAAGGCUCUAUUUCAGCUGAACACAAAGGAUGCCUCCUUGCUGACCACGGCUCAGGCUCUUCUCCGUUGGCAUGAUGCUCAUCAGUUCUGUAGCAGAAGUGGGCAGCCCACCAAGAAAAAUGUGGCUGGCAGCAAGCGCGUGUGUCCUUCCAGUAAGAUCAUCUAUUAUCCACAGAUGGCUCCUGUGGUGAUCACUCUGGUGUCGGAUGGGACCCGAUGCCUGCUUGCCCGCCAGAGUUCCUUUCCUAAGGGAACGUAUUCUGCCUUGGCAGGUUUUUGUGAUAUAGGUGAAAGUCUGGAAGAGGCUGUCCGGAGAGAAGUUGCAGAAGAGGUGGGACUGGAGUUGGAAAGACUGAAGUACUCUGCAUCCCAGCACUGGUCUUUUCCUAAUAGCUCACUCAUGAUUGCUUGUCAUGCAUCUGUGAAACCAGGGCAGACAGAGAUCCAGGUGAACCUGAAAGAACUAGAGGCAGCUGGCUGGUUCAGUCAUGAUGAGGUGGCCACAGCCCUGAGGAGAAAUAAUCCAUAUACUCAGCAACAGAAUGGGACAUUCUGGUUGCCCCCCAAGUUAGCCAUUGCCCACCAACUGAUUAAGGAAUGGGUGGAAAAGCCAUCCUGCUCUACCCUGCCGGCUUAGCUCAGAUUGAGGCACCUAGAUCCCUUCUCACUAUCCUGGAGUGGCAAAAGAGAGAUCAGUUGAUAAAGAGGAGGUGACCAAAGGCCAUCUCCAAGCCAACUUCAUACUAAGGCAGAGUGAAAGGUGACCCUACAAUGGGAUGUCUCUAAUAGCAGUGUUAGGGAAGUUCCUAUUAAUAGGCAAUCAGAAUGCAAACUGAUGAUGACGAUUUUCAAAAUCAGAGGGAAGAUUGAAGCAUUAGUUUGGAUGUAGGCCCCCGUUCACUCAUUUUUACUGAGGCCUCGGAAGCAAACAUCUUUCAGCAUGUAUCUUGUUAAUGCUGGGUUUAUACUAACUGCCAAAAUGUGCCCGGUAUAAUUUUAAUUUUAUCUUAGUAUUGAAGAUACAUAGCAAAUCUCAGCCCACUACUGAGUUACUUUUCAUCCUCACAGAAUUAAGAAAAAUAGCACAAUAUAACAUUAUACAACUUGUGUACAGGUAAUUAUUUUGUACAUGGUAUUUAAAUAAAAGUUAUAUUUCUUUAAGUAAUCUGAAGGGAUGAAGAAAGUGGGAAGUGGGAGCCAAUGUCUUCCUCAGAGUACUCUGUAAUAAAUCAGAUGCAGUGAUAUUCUGCUGAGAUAACUGCAUCCCGGCGGGGCUUAAGAUAGCUAAGUCUUUUGCUGUUACUUGCUCAGCAUGUGACCCAUGGAAAAGAUAAUCACUUUUUCUGAUUUCCUAGAUAUAAAAUGGUCACUGCCAUUUGCAUAUCCAGUUAUGUGUUGUAACUUCAGCUAAGUGAAGAUGAACCAUUUUCUUGUUUUACGGGAUAAACUAAAUUUAGGAUUACUCAUCAUUCAUAUAUGUUAUUCUAUACCUUGUCAUAGGGGAGAAUUUAUCUGGAGGAAAUAAAAUAAAUUUCUACACCUUU